AAAAAAGUAGAUAGCGAUGUCUAAGCUUCAAGCACUCUGGAACCACCCGGCAGGACCUAAGACAAUUCAUUUCUGGGCUCCAACUUUCAAAUGGGGUAUAAGCAUUGCUAACAUUGCAGAUUUCCAGAAACCCCCAGACAAUAUUUCAUACCUUCAACAAAUUGCUGUGUCAUGUACUGGAAUGAUUUGGUGUCGUUGUAGCACUGUAAUUACUCCUAAAAACUGGAACCUGUUCAGUGUUAAUGUUGCUAUGGCAGCGACAGGGAUACACCAACUUUCUCGCAAAAUAAAGUAUGAUUAUGUAACUGACGGAGUGGCUGCUGCCGAAAAUGAAUAAUGAUGAUGAAAAGUAAGCUUUUUGAUGAAAAGGUUCUUUCGUAAAUGUCGUGCAACGAGAUAUCUCUUUU